ACGUCAAAUUUAUUAAUUUAUAAUACAAAUAAAGUAUGACCGUGGUCGACCAUCACCAAUCAUUCAAUUUUGCUUAAUAUAGCUCUUUACUGUGAAGAUGAUAAAUCUCUACGAAACCUUCAACGAUAGUGGGCGUACGUGUGGGCGUACGUGAUCUCAAGUGGUUUGGGGUCCCUCCUCUAAAAAACAUAUUAUGUUCUUCUGCAUUCUGACCCCAAUAUUUAAUGCCUGUAAAUGAAAGAUUUAAAUAUUUUCAGUAUUUUUUCUGGGUGUGACAGUCUUCUUAGAGCUGGGACUUUAUUCAACCAGUCCCUAUGGUAGUUGAGUCACUAAAACGGAAAUCAUCAUCAAUUGAACAUUUUGUAGUAUCUGACAAAUCGUGUCUCAUUCAAAUUCGAUUGAUACGAGAAAGAGAAUAUGGAAACAGUAGAAUGCCCCCAGAGAAGGUAUCAAUUGAAAUAAAAAACGUAUUUUAUUGUUUAAGAACCGUGACAAUAUUCUCACAGCCUUUGGCUGUAGCCUAUCAGGCUACAUGUGAUCGUGUCUGUGGCUAGAUUUGCCCAAUGUCAUUUUUUUAUUCUUUGAUAUGACAUAAGAGUUGUAUGCAGAUCAGAUCAUUAUUGCAAACACUAACAUAGGUUUCAUUGACACGUGAACAUGCUCGACAUCAAAGUUUUGAUUUGAUUUUGUUGACAAGUGGUAGACGUAUUUUAAUCAGGUUUACCGACCGCAUUGAACUUAUGAAGUUCGAAAGGUAAAAUUGAAUGUAACAUGCUGCAAAUCGAACACGACCGCCUCCCUUUAAAUGAUAUUACCAUCACACACAAUCUGAGUACGACGAAGGAGACCACGAUAAGUGGCUUGAUAUUAGUGAUAUAUUGACCACAUACUUCUCGCUGUUGGAGUGAUUAGCAACAUUAAGGUCCAGGUAUAAUGACCAUUCCCAUUCAUUUUAAUCAAAAAUAGAC